AUGUUUCAGGUGCUUUCUCUGUUGAAAAUACCAGGAACAGCUCAGCACUAUCUAGAAUGUCAAUCUGAAGAAUGUAAAAGAAACUGUGAAUUUUAUUGUAACACUUGCCAUUUACAAUUAUGUAAGCAAUGCAGAGACGAACAUCUAAGGGCUCAAGAAAAUAAAAACCACGAUGUUGUCAUUUACCAAGAACGCACACGAAAACCUCCUCUCCAGAAAUGCGAGAUCCAUCCAACCAAAGAUACUGAUAUGUUAUGUGAAGAAUGCCAAGUAUCGCUAUGUUCCAAAUGUGCCACAUCCCAGGAUCACAAAGGUCACAGCUUCACUGACCUUGAGAAAAUUCAUGCUGAAAAUUUAGCACUUUGGCAAGUGGAAAUUGACAAAAUCUGCGAAUAUUUUAUGCCCACGUCACAAAGUUUGCAAAAUGAAGUAAGAGAUGAUGCAAAGGAAAUAAAGAAGAUCAUGAAUAACAUGAGAGAAUCAUUAAUUGUAGAUGCUGAUUCACUUAGGAGCUUUGUGGAUGCAGUUGUUACCAGGAACAUGAAGCAGAUAGACCAGAUCGAAAACUCGUUGUUAAAAGAUAUAGAAACCCAGGAAGAUACAUUCACUAAUUACAUCACUUAUCUCAAUGACCUUGUCAAAGAAUUCAACUAG